UUUGGAUUUAUUAUCUCAAAACAAUAUCUUAUGUCCAUUUGUUAUAAUUGGGAUAAUGUAAACCUGACCGUUAUUGCAGAUAUCCUGAUCAUCCUGUCUAGGUUUAUUGGCAAAAUAUUCGAGGAAGAUCAAAAAGAUCACUCUGAUCCACAGAUCCACGCAGAUGAAGAGUCUUUAAUCCAGUAGUUGCUCUGUAGCGCCCUCUACUGGCCGCAGAAGUGAACCGAGCAACUCCACUUCUCUGUCACAUCUAGGUGUGAACCACGUGAAAUCACGUGUUCAUUACUGCAACGAGGGUGCAUCCAAGAGUACAGUGUGGAAAGUUUGCGGUUUCCACUGAGGUCUAUCUACCGGGGACUGCAGGAGGGGUUAUCUUGCCUAAUAUUGAUGCAGCUAUAAUAUUGCAGUUCCCAUUUUUUCGCAAUAGACCACACAUUUCUUAAGAAGAAGAUGAAUAGUCUUUAAAAAUUUUAGAUAACCAUUCAAAAGUCUUUGCCCUGAAGAAUAACCCCACAUGUUCUGUUUUUUAAGGGCCCUGUGGUUAUCCAAAAGAGGCGUCCCAUUGCUUCAUGAACACAGCUCCUGUUUUGUUCACACUGUCGGCCUUUUGAUGAGCACAGACAGGAGGAGUAAAGUCCAGAACCAAGGGCAGAUUAUUAACCUGUCUAAUCUGGUCCCCUUCUGUCUCUCGCUCUCCCAUAAAACCAGCCUCUGCGUCCAGCCAGGUCUCAGGUCUCACAUGGCCUCUGGGAGACAGCAGCACAGAGCCCAACACAUCCUUCAAGGGCCAAUGAAUCAGUCAGAAACUGCAGAGGAGCUCAAGCUCCCACCUUCAGAUAGAGCUGUGCCAGCAGAUGGUACAGAGGUACAAGAGAUGCCUGCUGACAUUGCCAAGACGUCUGAUGGGAGUCAGAAUCAGCCUGCAGGAUUUGAUAUGAUCUACAGGAUCGAGGACGUCCCGCCUUGGUAUCUGUGUGUGCUGCUGGGACUGCAGCACUACCUAACAUGCUUCAGUGGAACUAUUGCUGUACCAUUCCUAUUGGCUGAAGCCAUGUGUGUGGGGCAGGACCAGUACACUGUCAGCCAGUUAGUGGGCACCAUCUUCACCUGUGUGGGGAUCACUACGCUCAUACAGACUACAUUUGGUGUCAGGUUGCCUUUGUUCCAGGCAAGUGCUUUUGCCUUUCUCAUACCUGCUCAGGCAAUUCUGAGGCUGGACAAAUGGAAAUGUCCCCCUGAAGAGGAGAUUUACGGAGAUUGGACUCUUCCUCUCAACACCUCUCAUAUUUGGCAACCACGGAUACGAGAGAUUCAGGGCGCUAUCAUUAUCUCCAGCCUGAUUGAGGUGGUCAUAGGGUUUGCUGGAAUCCCUGGGAUCCUGCUUAAUUCAAUCGGACCCCUGACUGUCACUCCCACAGUGUCCCUUAUCGGCCUGUCCGUCUUCCAGACGGCAGGAGACCGCGCAGGCAGCCAGUGGGGCUUGUCCCUGCUGUGCAUCUUCCUCAUUGUUUUGUUUGCUCAGUAUCUAAGAAACUGGGCCUGUCCUUUCCCAAACUACUCCAAACAAAAAGGCUGUCACAUCACACAUGUGCAGAUAUUCAAGAUGUUUCCGAUCAUCAUGGCAAUCAUGCUGGUAUGGCUGGUUUGCUACAUUCUCACCCUGACGGAUGUGCUGCCGAACGACCCAAAUCAAUAUGGCUACAAGGCUCGCACUGACGCCCGGGGCGAUAUUAUGACCCAGGCACCAUGGUUUCGUUUCCCCUAUCCAUGUCAGUGGGGUUUACCCACAGUGACGGUAGCAGGAGUGCUAGGAAUGUUUAGUGCCACUCUAGCUGGUAUUGUUGAGUCUAUCGGAGACUAUUACGCCUGUGCUCGUCUCUCUGGAGCUCCACCUCCUCCUGUUCAUGCUAUCAAUAGGGGGAUCUUUACAGAGGGAGUGUGCUGCAUCAUAGCGGGGCUGCUGGGUACAGGAAAUGGAUCGACCUCUUCCAGUCCUAACAUAGGGGUGCUUGGCAUCACCAAGGUGGGAAGUAGGAGGGUGAUACAGUAUGGAGCAGGCAUAAUGCUUUUAUUGGGAACUAUUGGGAAGUUCACAGCCCUGUUUGCCUCCUUACCCGACCCUAUCCUCGGAGGGAUGUUCUGCACCUUGUUUGGUAUGAUUACAGCUGUUGGACUGUCAAACCUACAGAGUGUGGAUCUGAACUCGUCCAGAAAUCUUUUCGUUCUGGGUUUUUCCAUGUUUUUUGGCCUCAUGUUGCCUAAUUACCUGGACACUCAUCCAGACAGCAUUAAAACAGGUGUAGCAGAACUGGACCAAAUCAUCACAGUGCUCCUGACAACAGAGAUGUUUGUAGGGGGAUUCAUAGCAUUUGUACUUGAUAACACAAUCCCAGGCACCAGAAAAGAGCGAGGUCUGGUUGAAUGGGCAGCUGAUAAUUAUUCAGGAGCAGGAACAGUAAAAACAGACACAUAUGACUUUCCAAUUGGUAUGGGUCUGGUCCGGAAGCUAAGCUGUCUGCACUACCUACCAAUCUGUCCCACUUUCCGGGGCUUCAAGCCAUCAUGUCGCAAAUAUGAGGAGGACGAGGACAUAAAAAUAAAGGAAGGUGUGAUCGAUGCUCCAGCUGAAAUAGUCUGCACCAAAAUUUAGCCCUAGUUUUUAUUUGACUUGGUUUAAUAGAGUGUAUGUUGUUUGGGUGAAGCUGAACAUUUUCACAGCCGAGCACCAAUUUUGCUGUCAAAUAUUUUGACUUGUUUGUUCAGUUUUGCAUCUAAAACAGACAAGAAAAAUGCACCAUUAGAGAAUGGGUGUAUAUGUUUAAAGGAAAACUUGAAUGAACAGUUUGAGAACAAAGGGUCUCUGUUCUUUUAACAUCAAAUCAAAUGUAAGAUUUGAUUUGAUUAUUAAGCAUUAUGUGUUUUAUUGAAAUUACUUCAAAAUAAAAUGAAGGUCAGGUUUUUUUUUUAUUUUUUAUUACUUCUUGAUUGUGUACAAAAUAUGCAAGUGAUUAACACUAAACAAAAUGUGUUCAGAAAUGUUUAGCUUCAGAAAACAGUGAAAAAUUACAUAUUUAAAAUACACAGAAACCAUAAUUUAUAUACAUAUUAUUGUAAAUAAUAAUGUUUAUAAAUACUAAAACUGUACUAUAUAUUCCAUAAGAGCCAAAGAACAAAAGACC